AUAAUAAUAACCGAACUAUACAGUUGGAGAAACUUGGCAGGGAUCGGAGAAGAUGGCAUCCGGUCUGAUCGAUUUAGGGGUGGGAAGGAUCCUGAACGUUCUUGAAAGCGAGGUGUUGCAGCAAACAGGACUCCGUGAUGAGAUAGAGAUGACGAAGCUGAAGCUGAGGUUCAUGAGGUCGUUCCUUGAGCAGCACGCGAGUGCGAGCGGCAGCAGGGACGCCGUCUUCACAACGUUUGUGAAGGAAACAAGGGACUUGGCCUACCACAUCGAAAACAUCGUCGACGGGUUCUCUUACCACAUCAACCGCCGUGCCGGCCAGGCCUGGCUUAAACGUGCUAGUCACUUCCCCGCGUAUUUGCGUAAGAGGCGCUCCCUAGUCAGCGAGCUCGAGACCGUCAAUCAAAAGAUUCAGCAGCUGUCUGCCUUGAUGGACAUGUUUCAUUCUGAGGGAGCGGCAUCGUUACCCUCUACCGGCGGUGAUGGACAAUGGGCAAAGAAUCUCCAGGAGUCAUCCUUCUUCGCUGGCGACGAUAGCCUCGUGGGGAUCGACGAUUCCGUGGAUGAGGUAACAUGGUGGCUUCUAGACUCGGAACCUCAGAGGAUAGUCGUGACCGUAGUCGGGAUGGGCGGCUCCGGAAAGACCACUCUUGCGAGCAGUAUAUUUAGAUCUCAUUGUGUCCGAAGGCACUUUGACUCUUGCUGCUGUUGGGUGACGGUCUCUCAAUCCUAUGAUAUAAACAAUGUCAUAAAGGCCAUGCUCAAGGAAAUCUGCAAGGAACUAGGUCUGCAAGCUCCGACGGAUUUAUCCUCCAUGGAGUACAUGCAGUUGAUGGAAAUCCUGGUCAACAUUCUCCGACAUAAGAGAUACUUCAUUGUGUUCGACGAUGUUUGGAGCACGGAGUUUCUGGACCUGAUUUGUGAACGUCUUCCAAAUGAUGUUAAUGGAAGUCGUUUGAUGAUUACUACUCGCAGUGAGAGGGUGGCUGAUUUCUCGUUUGGGACUGUGAGCCGAUCUCAUCGGAUGGAGCCCCUGAGCGAAGACAAGGCUUGGGAGCUCUUCUGCAAGAAUGCAUUUUCAAGAAACCCUAUGCAAAACCAGGGAUCAAAUAUAGAAUCUAUAGCACGGAAUCUCGUUCAGAAGUGCAGAGGUCUGCCUCUUGCGAUUGCGACUUUGGGUAGCAUGAUGUCAACAAGAAGAUCGGAGUCAGAAUGGAGGAGAAUACACGACAACUUGACCUGGGAACUGAGCAACAAUCCGGAGUUGGGACAUAUUCAACGUAUCUUAGUUCUUAGUUUCAAUGAUUUGCCAAACCCACAGAAACAUUGCUUCUUGUAUUGUAGCAUUUUCCCCGAAGACUACGAAAUAGAAAGAAAGAGAUUGGUUCGGAUGUGGAUGGCGCAUGGAUUCGUGGAACAGAGCAACGGACCGAAACCAGAGGAAGUGGCCGAGAGUUACAUCAUGGAGCUUAUUUGCAGGAACUUGCUUCAGGUCGUAUCGUGGAACAUUAGCGGGCGGCCUAAGGUAAUCAAAAUGCAUGACGUGGUUAGAGAGGUUGCUUUGGUCAUAUCUAAACGUGAGAAGUUCUGUGAUGUGUAUAUGGAUGAGAUGGAAGAAGCCCAGUGCGAUGAAACUCGCCAUUUGUGCGUUCAGAGGGGGAUAAGCUCAGGUGUGAUACCCCGAAACCUCUACACUCUUUUGGUGUGCCCUAUUAGCCAGGAGAAGUUUGGAUUGCUAGACGGUGUGAAGCUUUUGAGAGCAUUAGACCUUGAAGACUCUGGCAUUGAUAACCUGUCAGAUUCAUUGGUGAAGCUAUACAACUUAAAGUAUCUUAACCUCCGGAAAACAAAGGUUCGGAAACUUCCAAAAUCCUUCCACAGGCUCAUUAACUUGGAGACAUUACUAAUUAAGCAUUCAGAAAUUGAAGAGCUUCCUGCUGGAAUUUCAAAGUUGCGGAAGCUGCGGUUUCUAGUAGUUAAUCGCAACACACUCAUGACGGAUUCCUCCAAUAUUUGGCAAUUGAAGAGGCUGGAGGUAUUGGACGGCGUCCUUCCAAAAACAAAUCUUGUCAAGAACCUCGGUAAAAUGACAAAGCUCACGAAGCUUACCCUUUGGGAUGUGAGGAAAGACCAUAUGGAUGACUUACGUGAUUCCCUCUCUAAGUUAAAGGAUCUGAGGUCUUUAUCUUUGUCCCCAAUUAGUGAAGCAGACACCUUACCGAUAGAUGAGAUAUCGCCUCCUGCAAACAUCGAGAAGCUCAACCUCUACGGGAGGCUAGAGAGAGUGCCCACAUGGUUCAGGACUCUUCGCAAGCUUACUACGCUGGCAUUGUCAUGGUCUGAGCUAAGAGAAGACCCAAUCCCUUACAUCCAAGCACUCCCUAAUCUGGUCAAGGUUAUCUUUUUUGGUAAUGUAUACGAGGGGGAUAGGCUACACUUUGAAGAAGGGUUUCCAAGCCUUAAAGUGUUGUGGAUAACCAAUAUGGCACAUUUGAGGGAAAUCGUUAUACAGAAAGGUGCAAUGCCGCAUCUCCAAACCCUGCAGAUCGUUGCUUGCGAAGGGAUAAAAAGAUUGCCAGACGGCAUAGAAAGCCUCAGCAGCCUUCAAGAACUAUCUCUAUAUGGCGUUUCGGACGAGCUAACAGAGGAGAGUAUAGACCGCUCAAAGUUUAAUCACAUUCCUACCAUCACGAUUGCGUAAGACAGCCAGAAAAAGGUAACAAAUUUAAUUGUUGUGCGCUAAAAGGUCAGGCAUCCAUUAAUGAAUCGGGCGAACCGGAAAAAACCCGUUACAUUGUAAGUGAUUCUCAUGGACUGCCCAAAUCUAUGUGAAAGCUUAAUGUCACUAUACAGUGAUUCGCAAAUCCCAUUGAUA